AUGCUCAAAGAUGAUUUUCCCGAUGUUCGCCUGCAUAUUAUUUCGAAGCUUGAGCAGGUUAACAAAGUUAUUGGCAUCGAUCUUCUCUCCCAAUCUCUUCUUCCUGCGAUUGUCCAGCUGGCUGAGGACAAGCAGUGGCGCGUGCGUCUAGCUAUCAUUGAAUACAUUCCCCUUCUCGCCAGUCAACUUGGUGUCAAGUUCUUCGAUGAUCAAUUGAGCGAUCUUUGUAUGGGAUGGCUCGGUGACACCGUUUUCUCCAUUCGAGAGGCCGCUACUCAGAACUUGAAGAAACUUACUGAAGUCUUUGGCGUGGAUUGGGCCAAGGAGUCUAUUAUUCCCAAGGUAAUGGCCAUGGGACAACACCCUAACUACCUUUACCGCAUGACAACAUGCUUUGCUAUUUCUACCCUCGCCCCUGUUGUCACUCUCGAUAUCAUCGAAAAUUCCAUUCUUCCCAUCUUGGACCGUCUCGUUGCGGACGAGAUUCCCAACAUUCGUUUUAAUGUCGCCAAGUCUUACGCCGUUUUGAUCGACACUCUCCGCCGUUUGCCGGCUGAUAAGACCUUGGUUGAGGUGGAGAAGUCUGGCGAGACUGCCACUUCGUCACCGAAGAGCCAGGAGCUGAUCCAGCAAAGAAUCCUGCCCAGCCUGGAGAAGCUGCAGGAGGAUGACGAUGUUGAUGUCCGCUAUUUUGCUACUACCGCAGGUGGUAACCAGGAGGAGGCUAUGCAGACUUCUCCGUGA